AUGGCGGGGACCCCGUCCGGCGGUGCUGCUCUGUUCUCCUGUCCCCCCACCUUUACCGCGACGUCCCCAGCUUCAGAGCCCACUCGUUUUUCUUUGGAGGUGUUAAGGGAUCCAGAUACGGAACUGUGGCUUAUCCAGGCUCCUGUAAACUUCGCCCCAGACUGCCUCAAUGGGCGGCUAGUGCCUCUCUUGGGCUCCCGGAUUGUGAAGGGCAAGUUGGCGGGCAAGCGGCACUGCUACCGGGUCCUCAGAAGCAGCGGCCCCCAGGCUGGAGAAGCAAUCCUGCUGGCUUCCUCAGGGGGAGCAGGAGGGGGACUCACCUGUGCCCCAGCCCUCCAGGGCAGCCUAAGGAUCUUUGACGGUCCCCAAGAAUCCCCUUCCGGGACCCUGCUGCAGCCCAUCCCAGCAAGCCCCCCACCACAGAUCCCCCCUGGCCUGAGGCCUCGGUUCUGUGCCUUUGGAGGCAGCCUCCCGGUAACAGGGCCUGGGUCAGUCUUGGAAUUGAGGUCACCGGCCUCAAGGAAGAGGAAGAAGAAGAGGCAUAUACCAGAGGCCUCAGUUCCACAGGAGGCGGUGAAUGGGCUUGGGGCCCUGGAGGUGGACACAGCUUUGGGGUCUCCAGAGGUGGAUGUGGGGAAGAAGAAAAAAAAACAGGAGCUAAAACAACUAGAGGUGAUGGAGCCCGUAGCAGCAGAAUCCAUGGCUGAGAUGUCGGAGCCCCUGGGGGCACCGUUUCUGUCCACCACCAAGAAGAAGAAAAAGAAGCCCAAAGGGGCAGAAAUGGUCGAACCAGAAGAGCAGACACUGGUGCCUGAAGAAAAGCCGGCGGAGCUGGAACUGACAAUUAAAAGGGAGCCUCUGGAAGAGAUAGUUUUCUCUCCCUCCAGGAAGAGGAAGAGGCAGAAGGGGACAGAAGGGAGGGAGCCAGGGGAAGGGAUGCCGGCCGAGUCUCCACUGCAGCUGGAGCCAGAGGAGGAAGCCAACCCGCUGCCAUCCUCCAAGAAGAAGAAAAAAGAAAAGGGGUACAAAGUAAUGAUGGAGCCAGGGACCGAGGCGACAGAGCUGGAGAUGGGCCCUCUGGAGUUCCCAGGGGAGGUAAUGGAGCCUGAACUACCACACGAAGUUGAGCCUCAGGCUGAGGCAGCUCUGGUGUCCACCAAAAAGAGGAGGAAGAAAGAGAAAUGGCAAAACGCGGCGGGGGAGCCGGGGGCAGAGGUGGUGGAGCCUUGGGUGGAGCCUGAGCCACCAGGGGACCUUGAGCCGCAGGCAUCCACCAAGAAGAAGAAGAAGAAGAAAGAAAGGGGCCACAAAGCAACGGAGCCAAGGGCCGAGACGAGUGACCCACAGGGGGAGGUGUUGGAGCUGCAGCUGCCAGACGAGGGGGAGCCUGAGGCCAGGGCGGAUCCAGUGCCCACCAAGAAGAGGAAGAAGCAGGGCCAGGGGAGUGGGAUGCCAGACACGGCAUCCCAGGAGAUGCUCGAGCCGCCGCUGAGUCUGGAGUCGGGGGAGGAGGUGGCUCCCACAGGAUGGGAGAAGAAGCGGAAGAAGCUACAGCAGGAUCCUGUGUAG